AUGGAGGACAAACAGACUCAGAGAGAGAGACACUUUGUGUUGGUCCAUGGGGCUUGCCACGGAGCUUGGUGCUGGUACCGAGUGGCCACCCUCCUCCAGUCCUCAGGCCACAAGGUCACUGCCUUGGACAUGGCCGCUUCGGGGGUCAAUCCAAAGCAAGCUCAAGGAUUGAAUUCGAUCGUGGAAUAUGUCGAGCCCCUGUUCGAAUUCUUGGAGGGUCUUCCUCAAGAAGAGAAGGUGAUUUUGGUAGGGCAUAGCAUGGGCGGGCUAGUUCUGUCAAUGGCCAUGGAGAGAUAUCCUGAGAAAGUAGAUGUUGCUGUUUUUGCUGCUGCUUUCAUGCCUGGUCCUGAGCUUAGUAUCCGGUCCAUCCGUGAAGAGCAUGCUCGCAGAUUGGACUACAGCAUGGGCUCGGCAUGUGCUUUCGAUGAUGGCCAUGAACAACCUCCCACUUCCCUGUUAUUUGGAUUUGAUUUACUCUCUUCCAAGCUCUAUCAACUCUCCCCACCUGAGGAUUUGACUUUAGCGUCCUACUUAGUGAGGCCAUUCCGUCUGUUCCGUGACGAAGCUAAGAUGGAGGAGGAGGUAGCAAUCACAAAGGGCAAAUACGGCACCAUCCGCCGGGUUUACAUCCUGUGCGACCAAGACCUCAUCCUACCGGAAGACCUGCAGAGGUGGAUGGUGGAGAUAAACCCGCCAGAUGAAGUGAAGGUGAUCUCUGGCUCGGAUCACAUGGUCAUGUUCUCUAAGCCACAUGAGCUUUGUGAUGCUCUUGGAGAGAUUGCUGAAUGUUAUUGCGCUUGA